GAUAGUUCACAAUGCAAAACACAAGAAGCAAGCAUGUAGGUUUAUUGUUGCAUCGCGGUCCAUUGCCGGAUGUAGACCAACGAAACGGGCUAGCUACAUGUAGUAAACCAAGGCACGGAGGCGCCAAAGGAAUCCGCAAUGCUCCAGAGGAGACCACCAAGAUCAAAUCGUAGACAGAACGUAGAAAGGGUUGAAAGGAAUCGAAUCGGCUUGACUGGUCACCGUAGAACUUGCUACAUGUAUUGCCACAGCUAUUGCCAGUCUUCGGGUUGGCUCUGAGACGCCGAGACCAAACCAAGGGAGUAAACAGCUUGCUCGUGUGGGGUGGCAUCGGGUUGGGGUGGAGGCAUAUUGCCCAUUUUCGUUCCUGUUGUAGACUUAGAGGAUGAAAGCCUUUUAAAUCCACUUCCCACUGAAGGGUUUAAAGAUAUCAGAUGAGAACCCAAAACUGUGAGGAUCUUUGGCAACAGGACCGAGAACCCAACCCAUCCCAUGAAAUAUGGAAGAUACCUCUCUAGACCACUUCUCGAGAAUACAUCAUCACCAUGGAAUCGUUGUCACUGUUGCACGUGAACGAUAUCUACAAUGCCGACAAGUCGGCGCGUUUUGUAUCUCAGUGGAAGAAAGCGAAGCAAGAGGAAAUCGACAAUGGCAGAACCGUCCUUUCCUUUUUCUCGGGCGAUGCUUGGUCCCCGAGCAUCAUGUCAACUAUUGUCCGCGGAAAACAAAUGGUGCCAGUGCUCAAUGCGUUGAGUUUGGAUGCUGCUUGCCUAGGAAAUCAUGACUUAGAUUUGGGUCUGGUGGAAUUCGGUAUCUUGAAAAGCCAAUGCACAUUUCCAUGGAUUUGUUCGAACUGUCGUCACAAGGAUACUUCCACGCCGUUGGGUGGCUGUAACGAAUUUAUCGUGUUGGAGACCAAGAAUGAAAAUGGUCCCAAGGCAAAGUUUCUAGUCAUUGGUUUGGUAGAAGAGGAAUGGAUCGAUACCUUGUCUACCAUUGAGCCACAAGAUGUGGAGUAUGAAGGGUUUGUGGAAUAUAUCAAGCGGAGGGUACCCGAGCUUGUUGCUGAGCACCAAGUGGACGGAGUUAUUGCCAUGAGCCACAUGAGAAUGCCCAAUGACUACAAACUUGCCGAGGAAUGCGGUGGUUACGUCGACAUUCUUCUUGGAGGGCAUGACCAUCAUUAUGAAAGUACCAUCAAGAACAAUAUACGAAUUUUGAACAGUGGUACCGAUUUCAGUGAUUUCACUGUCGUACAACUACAUGGGAGAGAGGAGACACCGAGAGAAGACAGCAGUGUCGUGUUGACUCAUCCCUUGAAAACAACUGAUCGUCGGGUCGCUGUGGAUCCAAAAGCAGGUGAAGAAGACCCGGAAAUUGUGGACGCCCUCAAAGAUAUCCAGGAAAUGAUGGCAGCCAGCAUGGAUAAAAUCAUCGGGACAACCAAGGUUGACUUGGACGCUCGAUUCAAAGAAAUUCGAACCAAGGAAACCAACAUUAGCAACUUUGUAGCGAACAUCAUGACGCGGUCUACGGGAGCCGAAGUGGCCAUUCUCAACUCGGGGUCCUUACGAGCCGACAAAAUAAUCCCCAAGGGAUCUCUUACGGUGGGAGACAUGCACGACCUCUUGCCCAUGGCUGAUCCUCUUGCAGUGAUUGAAAUGACGGCCAAGGGUCUUUUGGAAGCUCUGGAAAAUGGCGUCUCCAAAUACCCAGCCAUGGAAGGACGGUUCCCCUGUGUGGACGGAGUGCGGUUCUCCUUUGCUCCUUCCAAACCGGCAGGCAGCAGGAUAGUGGAGGAAUCCGUCUUUGUAUUCGACAAGGAAUCUCAAACAUUUAAACCAUUGGAUAUGGACAGGAAGUAUUCAGUUGUAAGCAAAGCAUAUCUGUUGAAAGGCAAGGACGGUUACACCAGCUUUGUGGAUGCCCCCGUGCUGAUUGACGACGAAAUGUGUCCCACCCUGCCCAUUACAUUCCGCAACCUGUUUACGGAAAUCUCUGUUCUGAAACGGUGGGAAGGCAUGACGGUGAAAGCCACGGUGAUCGCAGCUGCCACUAUUUUCAAGAGAAACAUCAGGAGGAGCAUAGCCGAUCCGUAUGCCAUUUCCCCCGUAGUGGAUGGACGAAUUACAAACAUAGAGGCAGAGCCCGCAGCUGCAGAAGCUGCCGAGUGAAACCAGACUAGAGUAGCUUGCUAGAUGAGUCUCUGCAGAACAUGUAGAGGUGUGUAGAAGAAACGAGUUCUUUGUUCGAAUCGUACAGAUGGUUCUUAGACGAACCGAGUAAGCAAGAAAUGUAGGUACCGGUACCGGUGCGGUACCGGUACAGUCGUAGUUGCAUGUGAGAGCAACGUCCCGACCCGAGAAACAAGAUUGCCUCUCUCAAGACUGCUUCGAAAGCCCAAAGUGUGCUUGCUUCAAAGCCGUCAACUUGCUUGUAAGGGCAAGCGACAGUCACUCCUGCACACGAAUGGUCAAUUCGGCCAGCUCGACGUGGUGGUACCGGUAUCGAUAGUUUGGUUCUGGCCCCAAUGAAUGGCUUGAAGUGCGUUGUACCGGUACAAGCUAUUAAUAGUUUCGGUACGGUACCGGUACCUAAACACAUGCUGCUCUUGCACGACAUACUAGUGGUAGUAGUUGACCUCUGUGCAGCCCAGCGGACCAGCGUACGGAUGGAACAAUCGAGUCAUUCCAACAAGUUCAAAAUAGCUCUUAUCCAACCUGUUUGGGCGCCAAUGGCUCGACUCCUACCGAGCAACGGCCACAUUGCCAGUGGUUACUUGCCGUCCCAUCUAUCCUUACCGUGGAUGGCUGCCUGUACCGAACCCGGUGGCCUCUCCGAGGAGCAGUGAGUCCGAUCAAACCUCCAGAAUAGAACCAAGCAAUGACUCCCCUCCAGCAACGGCCACCGGCGCUAGGAAAACACUAUGUGACCUACUGUUCGGCCACAGGGCCAGCUAGACGACUCCUCGCAUAAACCGUAGCUUACAAGAGUGGGUAAGACGGGUCCUUCCCGUGGGAUUUCUGUUUGGAUUUUUGACUGUCUAAGUGACAGGAAGAGGCGUUAGCAUUGCUUCCCUC